GGUCACCAGAAGAUCGGUUCGCCGCUUGUUUCCUGUUGCAGCAAGGAGAGCGGCGGCGUCGAGGCAGACAGGGACGACUUAACACCUCCACAAAUUCCACUAUACAAUGAAACUAUCAGCAAUAUUACCCUUUCUCUGUGACCGCAUCAUCUGCAUUACACUGCUGGUGAUGGGCCUUUCCACUCCUGGACAAGCAGAAAUCACCAGUCUGGACUCGGGCAACAUUGAUGACGUCCUAAACAAUGCCGGGGUGUCCUUAGUAAACUUUUAUGCAGACUGGUGCAGAUUUAGUCAGAUGCUCCAUCCCAUAUUUGAGGAGGCGUCUAACAUCGUGAGGGAGGAGUUUCCCGACACCAAGCAGGUGGUGUUUGCACGCGUGGACUGUGAUCAACAUUCGGCCAUAGCCCAGCGCUACCGCAUCACCAAGUACCCCACGCUGAAGCUGUUCCGCAACGGCAUGAUGAUGAAGAGGGAGUACAGAGGUCAGAGGUCGGUGGCGGCGAUCGCUGACUUCAUACGCCAGCAGCAGGUGGACCCCGUGAAAGAGAUUCACUCGCUGGAGGAGCUGAAAGCUGUGGAUAGAAGCAAAAGGAACAUCAUAGGUUACUUUGAAAAAAAGGACUCGGACAACUACCACUCUUACGAAAAAGUUGCCAACAUCCUUCGAGAUGACUGCGUCUUCAUGGCUGCAUUUGGUUCGGCGUCCGAGUCGGAGCGCUUCAGCGGCGACAACGUCAUCUACAAGCCGAUGGGUGAAAGCGUCCCCGACAUGGUCUACCUCGGCUCCCUCACCAACUUUGACCUGACCUACGCUUGGGCCCAGGACAAGUGUGUGCCUCUGGUCAGGGAGAUCACUUUUGAAAACGGAGAGGAGCUCACUGAGGAGGGCAUCCCGUUCCUCAUCUUGUUCCAUCUCAAGGAAGACAACGAGAGCUUAGAAAAGUUUCAGCAUGAAGUGGCUCGUCAGCUCAUCAGCGAGAAAGGGUCGAUCAACUUCCUGCACGCGGACUGCGACAAGUUCCGCCAUCCUCUCCUCCACAUCCAGAAGACUCCGGCCGACUGUCCCGUUAUCGCCAUCGACUCAUUCAGGCACAUGUAUGUGUUUCCUGACUUCAGGGACAUCAAUGUUCCUGGCAAGCUGAGACAGUUUGUGUUGGACCUUCACUCCGGCAAGCUGCACAGAGAGUUCCACCAUGGCCCUGACCCCACGGACAGCACGCCCGGACAGGAGGAGUCGGACGUGGCCAGCAGCCCCCCCGGGAGCUCCUUCCAGAAACUGGCGCCCAGCGAGACCCGCUACACCAUCCUCAGACGGGACCGCGACGAGCUGUGACCCCAGCGUCGUCUUUCCAAGUCACCCCUUUGACUCGACGCCGCACCUCGGUGGGGGGUGGGUAGGGUGGGACGCCGGGGUGGGGUGGGUGGGACUCGGGUCGGGACAGGCCAAGCGGGACGGAUCAGCAACACCCAACACCCUUACUGAAGAGACAGAGAUGAAGAAGAACUGGAGAAGAAAAGAGUCCAUGUUGGAAGAACCUAUAUUUUCUUAAACAUUUUUAUUUGGGAUUUUGAGGGAGGGGAAGAGGUUCAAAUAGUCGUUUUACUUUUUUUUUCUUGAGCUUGUACAUAUGUUCCAUGGCAUUUGUUGAUCUAAAUUAAAUGCAUUUUUUCUUUAUUAUUA